CAGCGCUGAGCGGGCCGGACUGUGCUGCUGGACUGUAGCGGUGUGUGUUGGCGUGUUUCGCGGUGGAUCUCGGUGUUUCGGGCGGAUUGGAGGAUUUGGGGGAUUUCGGGGGAUUUUGGGGGGUCCUGGUUGUUGAUUAGGAGGGUCUGGAGGAAUGUGGAGGUUACAGAAUGCCCAGCAGCGUCGGAAAUACCUUUAAACCCACCAAGUACAUCCCGGUGUCCACCGCUGCCACCCUGCUCGUAGGAUCCACCACUCUGUUCUUCGUCUUUACGUGUCCGUGGUUAUCUAGCACCAUCUCUCCUGUGGUUCCGCUCUAUAAUGGCGUGGUUUUUCUCUUCGUUCUGGCCAAUUUCAGCAUGGCCACCUUCAUGGACCCCGGAGUUUUCCCCAGAGCGAAUGAGGAUGAGGAUAAGGAUGAUGAUUUCAGAGCGCCGCUCUAUAAGAACGUGGAGGUGAAGGGGGUUCAGGUGCGGAUGAAGUGGUGCUCCACCUGCCAUUUCUACAGACCGCCACGCUGCUCACACUGCAGCGUCUGUGACAACUGUGUCGAGGAUUUUGACCAUCACUGUCCGUGGGUGAAUAACUGUAUCGGUCGCAGAAACUACCGGUACUUCUUCCUGUUCCUGCUGUCUCUGAGCGUGCACAUGAUGGGCGUGUUCUCCUUCGGCCUGAUCUUCGUCCUGCAUCACCUGGAAACACUCAGCGCACUGCACACCACCGUCACGCUGGUGGUGAUGUGUAUAGCUGGUUUAUUCUUUAUUCCUGUUAUGGGUCUGACUGGGUUCCACUUGGUGCUAGUGGCCAGGGGGCGCACUACUAAUGAACAGGUGACAGGGAAGUUCCGUGGGGGAGUGAACCCUUUUACUCGUGGUUGCUGUGGCAACGUGAAGCACGUUCUAUGCAGUCCCUUAGCUCCGAGGUAUAUGGUGGACCCCAGGAAGAAACCAGCUUUCCCCAUCAAACCUCCGUUCCUCCGGCCGGUGCUGCCCGACCGCUGCGUCACCGUCAAACUCAGUGAUAACGGCAUCCACGGCAGCAUCCUCAGAACCAAAUCUAAAAUCAGUCUGGAUGGUCUCGGGGAGAAGAAUUCGGACAUCCAGCCGCCUCUUCCUCCCAAAGCUGAACGCCACAACCAGCUCCAGAACCAGCUCCAGAACCAGCUCCAGAACCAGCUCACCUCCAGCGAAGAGAGUUCUCUGUCCAGCAAACCCACCAACCCCCCCACCCCGGCCAUGUACAGAUACACACCCUCCUUCAGCACCAUCCCCAAAGUGCAUUACCACGCCGCCGGAGAGAAGGUCAUGAUGUCUGAAGACUCCAAAUCAUCCGCGAUUCUGGAGGAACGAGGUCACGACUACCAAUCCGAACCCAACCUGGACCUGCCAGAUUGCGGCGCCGCUCCUCUUCACCGGACCUUCCAGUCAUCUCCGUUCCAGCUGGACUCCAUCAGCACCACCAGCCCGCGCUCCCUCAGCCUGAAGCAUGGCGGCCGCAGGGCCGAGCACUCGCCACCAGGGGGCGGCGGCGGCGGCAGACCCGACCCGGUCGCCUCCACACCACACCGGGGCGUGUUUUCACCGGGGACGCUCUCCAGCCGCAACGGGAGCCUGUCCUACGACAGCCUGCUAACUCCCAGCGUAGCACCCUCUGCCGGCGAGUGCGUGGCUCAUCCGGGCGUGCCGACCAUGGGCUUCCACUCGCCUUUCCUGCCCACGAAAAUGUGCCACGUGCGCAGACCCGAACUGCAGCCGCAGCCCAUGGUGUCCCCGUACAGCCCCGUCCGCACCGGGCUGAUGUACGGACGCCAUUCGCCUCACCUUAGGGAGAGAGAGCGAGAAAGAGAGCGAGAGCUGGAGAGGGAUCCCUCGCCCGUCCGCUACGACAACCUCUCCAAAACCAUCAUGGCGUCCAUCCAGGAAAGGAAGGAGAUGGAGGAGCGGGAGAAGCUCAUCAACCGCCACAUCCAGGCCAACUACGCCAACGACUCGGGCGUCUUCGACGGCUGCAGCCGAAUCCCACCCACGGCCUGUUACCCUGAGGGGCAGAGGGCGCCGGGGGCCAGGGGGUACGGUUCCCGAGACAACCUCAUAGGGGUGGGGUUGGUGGGGUACGCCCCCCGGACGCCCGUGCUCCGCUCCUCCGCCACCUCGCUAGCCCGAGCCCCCAGAACUUCCACUACCUCCCUCCACACGGAGGCUGGAGGAGGGGGGAACCUGCAGUACCGGUCUCCUGCCCACCAGCCCCACCAUUCUCCUGCAGCCGCACCCAGAUCCCCUUCCUACGCCCACCAGAAGGUCUCCUUCAUCAGCUCCCUGGAAAGAGCAGAGUCUCCACACUUAGGAACGAGAGAGGACCUCGGCCAGGUCAAAGUCAAUGGGCAGGCGCGAGACUGCCACCACGGGGCUCCCUCUGGAACUGCGCUCAGCCCCAGCCGGCACAGCAACGUCAAAAAGGUGACGGGAGUGGGCGGGACUACCUAUGAGAUUUCAGUCUAACGGAGGGCUGAAGUAACCAAUCCCUGUGUGAAGAAGCACUGCCAUGGCAACCGACACUACCACCAUCAUCAUCAUCAAUAUCACCAUCACCAUCAUCUUCUACCACAACAACAACAACAGCGACAACGAUGACGUCUGUGCAAAAAGUGAAAUCUUCUCUGUUUUUACUCUGAUCUGGAAACCGACACUGUAAGAACCGACCAAUCACAGCCUUUCUCACGUGGGACGGACUGAUGGUCCAAUCAGAGAAGGUUUCUUCACUGUGCCUGUCUCUGCCCUUUUGGUGACUGAAGGGAUGGGCGGAAACAUUACUCUCUGUGUGUGUGUGUGUGUGUGUAUAUGAGUGUGUGUGUAUAUGAGUGUGUGUGUGUGUGUAUAUGAGUGUGUAUGAGUUUGUGUGUGUGUGUGUGUGUGUUCGUCAAACAUCAGUCAAAUGUUUAUCAGGAGUUUUUUAAAGGAGAAGUCCAGCGUUUUCUAGUCUGAUCUCAUUCUGAUAAAAAAAUUAAUAAAAUAAAUAAAUAUUCGCUAUUCAGAAGGAAUAUACUGAUAAUGAUAUAAAUAGUAUUUGCAGUAUUUGUAUUUAACCUUAUGAACUUAAAGGAGAACUGUGGAGUAAAAUUGACUUUUAAUGUAGUAAAACAUGAUAAAGAGUACUAACCUUUGUUGAAUAGCACACCUCCGCUUUCUUGCAGCUUUCCAAGAUCCAGUCAUUUUUUGAGUUUGUCCAAACCAAGCUCUAUGGGGCAUAUUUUUCCCCUGCAGAUAAAUCGAUUUUUACACCGUUAUUCAUGCUCAAAGUAGCUCCACACCUCAUUGGUAGAAUCCAGAGAGCCUUGACAUUUAAAAUGAGGCAUUAAGAACUUUAAAAGUGCACAAACAGCUUAUUAAAAAACACUGUUUCCAUCCUGUAGUGUAACCUAAUCUCUGGGCGCCAUCAUUUUAAGGUAAAAGUGACUGAUUAUGACUUCUUGUGCACUUUAAAAAGUUGUUAAUGCCUCAUUUUAAACGUCAGGGUUUUACAGAUUCUACCAAUGAGGUGUUUAGCUACUUUAAGCCUGAAUAACGUUGUAAAAAAUUAUUUAUCGAUUUAUCUAAAGCAUUAGAAUAAGUUUGGACAAUCUUAGAAAGCUGUGGGAGAGCGGAGAUGUGCUAUUCAACAAAGGUUAAUACUCUUUAUCAUGUUUUACUACACUAAAAGUCAAUUUUACACCAGAGUUUAACUCCUUUAACGUUGGACAUUCAAAGAGGCAUGACACUAGGCCAUAAGAAACCAUUGAUCAUACAGCCGUCUGCCAAGGGUGCUGGCACUAGAUGUCUGUGGAGCUCUUCUGUGGCUUUUGUACGUCUCCCAGCUCCCAGAUUCUUCAUGUUGUUGGUGCAUGCCUUUUUCUAUCCACUGCUGCUAAGAGUGAAAACACAAAUCAAGAAUCAACAGCGUUUUGAGUUUACGUCAGACUCCGAUCAGACCGGAAAACGCCGGACGUUUCCGUUAAGUGUCAGAUGAGGAAUGCCAGCUGGCCUUAUUGUGUCCCUUUAUUCAUAAUAAUGUAAUAAAAGAAUAUGGGUUAAAAAAAAAAACUCUAAAGCUAUGAAGCAUCAAAGUUUUAAAAAGUUAAGUUUUCGUCUCUGAAAAGGGCUGAAUAUUCCUACUGUCCAUUUAUUAAUAUCUCUGAUAUCUAUAAUCAUACGAAAAGGUGCUCAGAUACACUAACGUCUGUGUGGAAUUACCCAGGAAAUAUGCUCAGGUGGGGCUUCAGGUGUCAACUCUGCUUAAAAUCAUAUGCAUAUUCCAAUUUUACAAUUUUACAAAGCUUUGAAAUGGUGCAUUUGCAUUAUUAUUCCAUCAUAUGAUGGUUUAAUUGGUUAAAUCAAUGACCUAAAAUGAAAAGUCCUAAUAAAACAAUAAUAAUAUAGUAUAUUGCUAUCAUAUGACCACCUCUUUUUUUUUUUUUUUUUUUUACUAAUUUUUAUCCCAUUUUCUCCCCAAUUUACAAGACACACAUUAGAACUCCCCCUAUCACUAGUGAUGCCCCCCAACACCAGAAGGGUGAAGACUAACACACACCUCCUCCGAUACAUGUGAAGUCAGACUCCGCCUCUUUUUGAACUGCUGCUGAUGCUGUAGCAUUACCGAGUAGCAUCACAGCGCUAACGCUCGGAGGAAAGCGCAGUGACUAGCUUCUGAUACAUCAGCUCACAGACGCAGCAUUGUGCUGAUCCACAUCACCCUAGAAGUGAUGAGGGGAAAGAGAGCGCCAUCUACUGUACCCACCCAGAGAGAGAGCAAGGCCAAUUGUGCUCUCUCAGGGCUCUGACAGCUGAUGGCAAGCUGCAUGACCGGGAUUCAAACUGGCGAUCUCCUGGAUCACAGUGGCAGUGCUUUAGACCGCUGGACCUGUGUACUAUAUGAUCAGUGGAACGGGAAAACAGAUAAUGGGUGUAGAAACAAGGAGGUGGUCAUAGGAUCAGUUACAAGUUUGGGCCAACCUUAAAUUCAGUGUUUUCUCUAAUUAUUUUAAAAUGUUCUGUAUUGUAGAUUAAUACUAAAGUCAUCCAAACUAUGAAUAAAAAACAUAUGGGAUGAUUUAUUGAACAAAAAAGUGUUAAACAAACCAGAAUAUGUUUUAUAUUUAUUUAUUGGUUGGAUUUUCUCAGUCAGCUUUAUGAGGUAGGGUCUUCUGGAAUUCAGGCUUUCAGUUAACAGCUGUGCUGAACUCAUCAAGAGUUAAUAACUUGAAUUUCUCCUCUCUUAAUGUGUUUGAGAGCAUCAGUCAAUCCAAAACAGUAUCCUCAAAUGCAGUCGCAAAAAAACAUCAAAAACAUAAAAUGAUGAAACUGGCACUCAUCAGGGCCGCCCCCAGGAAAGGAACAGCAAAAGUUCCCUCUGUUGCACAGGAUAAGUUCAUCGUAUUGUAUGUAAUUUGGUUUGUUUAACACUUAUUUUAAGUUACUACAUGAUUCCUUAUGUGUUUCUCCAUAGUCUGGAUCACUUUACUAUUCAUUUACUAUAUAUAAAAAAAAUAAUCAUAAAAACAUUAAAUCAGAAGGUGUGUUCAAACUUUUGACUGGUCCUGUAUGUGUAAUUCCAGUUGUGUAAUUAAUGCAGGCCCUAUAUGAGCAUGUUCUCUGGGUGAUUUCUCUCAUUAUGAAUGUGUAAAACUACCUUCCAGUAUCAUCUAUACCAUCCAUCAUCUCUGAAGAUUACCCACAAUUCCUUAUUUCUGUACAUCUCAACAUUUUCUCAGGCUGUAGCUGAUACUGGUGUCAAUCUCUAAAUGUCUUAUCAAAAAUAACUCACCUAAAAUUGGUUGGAAUCUAAUAUUUAUAUAAAAUAAAAUUAAAUAAUAUUUGUUAUAUACCAGUAUAAAUUCUACUUCCUAUUGUUAUUUUUAUUAUUAUUAUUGUUUGUACUAUAUCAAUCUAUAUUACAUCUAAAUAAAAAAAUAUCUAGCAAUUAAAUAUCAUAAAAAGAAAACCAGUAUAAUUUUUUUUUAUUUGUUUAUAAUUUAUAAAUAUUUUUUCAGAAACACAGAAAUUCAGAGUUAAUUAUGAGAAUAAUAAAAUAUAAUUAAUUGUUAAUUAUAAAAAAAUUAAUUACAGUUAUAUAACAUUAUUAUACAAAUACACUUUCCAUUUUCGUAAUUUAUAUUAAAAUGUUUUAUUUAUUAGUUUAUUACAUUAAUAGACCUCAAUUAUUCAACCUUUAAAGACAUGAAAUUCCAAUAAAAAUGAUUUGUUAUACAUUAUUGUUAUUUUUAUUUUUAGAAGUAGUGGUAGUAUUUGUAAAAUAACAAAAAAUACAUAAUAUUUUUACAAAAAUCUAAAUUAUAAUAGACCUUAUAAAUUAAUACAGUAAUUAUUAUUAUUUUAUUUAAUUCAAAUAUGGUCCUAAUAAUCAUAAAGAUUAUUCAAUUAUUAUAAUAAUGCAAUAGUUCUAAAUUUAGUGUAGCCACAAUUAUCAAAAUUCCAUCAAUAUUAAGGUGAGUAAUUUAAUGUAUUAUAUUAUAAUGUAUUUGAUAUAUUUAUAUAUAUAUAUGUACAGAUUAACACCAGCAGCUACAGGUCUGUCCAAUCAUAAGGUGCUUCAUCUCAAACACUCAAAAAACACUGAAAACAGGUCAUAAACAGGUGAGCACACCUGUCGUAAGGAAGGGUGGGCGUGGCCAAUGCGGUCACACAAACUGACAGGAAUAAAUUUACAUAUGCAAAUGAAUGCAGAGCCACACAAUUUACUUAUGAACAGCAGUGAUGAGGAUCAGUUGCACAACUGAUUGAUUGGUUAAUUUGCUCACCUGUGAUUGGUUAAUUUGCUCACCUGUGAUUGGUUAGCAUUGGUUAGCAAUUAGCAUGUUGCCACAUAUUAAUACAGUAUUGCUACGACCAGUAUCGCGAUAAUGACUGACUGUCGCACACCGUGAAUCACUGGACAGGUGAAGCACACCUGUAGUGAAUGUCUGCAGGUGAUCUCAGGUGUUCGAUACCUGAACAUCCAAUCGGAGAGCAGCUCUGUUCUGUUCUGAAACCGAACUGGAGCGACGAUUGUAGUCCCCUUUCAUAAUCAUCCUGUUUUUUUACUCGUCUGUUUUUUACAUUUAUCAUUGAAUCGUGACUCCACCCACAAUCAGGCUCCGCCCACUGAUGUGUGUUGUGUGAGUUUUUGUAAUUACUAUUGCUCAGGUGGACAAACGCCAAUUUAACUCUGAAUUGUGAUUAUAUACACUGAGGAGGAGGCGGAGCUAUAGUUUUUCUCUCAUUAAUAGAGUGAAUAUUAAUAUUAAUAACACUCUAAAUGUAGGUAUUGUGAUAUUAUACACUGCUGAAGGAGGCGGAGCUACAGUUUGUUUCUCAUUAUUAGGGUGAAUAUUAAUAUUAAUAACACUCUAAAUGUAGGUAUUGUGAUAUUAUAUACUGCUAAAGGAGGCGGAGCUACAGUUUGUCUCUCAUUAUUAGAGUGAAUAUUAAUAUUAAUAACACUCUAAAUGUAGGUAUUGUGAUAUUAUAUACUGCUAAAGGAGGCGGAGCUACAGUUUGUCUCUCAUUGGGGUUUAAUUGAAGUUUGUCCAGCUGAGAUAAAGCACAUGGGUAAGGUAACAUUUGUGGGCGGUGCCUGGAGAGGGUGAUUGAUUGACAGCUAUGCCACAUAAAAGAAUCACAGCCAUUGUUUUGUAUCUUGUACUUUAAUUUUUUUUAUGCCCAAUAUUUAGAGAGUUAUUUGAUAUAUUUCUCUUUUUUUAUACAGUUCAAAUCUGGAGUGGAUGUUUGUAUUUUUGCGUGGAUUUUUUUUAUAAUUUAUGUGUAUACAUUUUUUGGUUAUUUUUUUGCUUAUUUUUGGGUCAGAAAUGAACUUUUGUUUGGGGGCAGAAUGUUGGAAGAUGCCUGGACCGACUUAAAGAGGAGUUCCAGUUGAAUUUUUUUUAUUCUUUACGUAUAUUUUAGGUAUUCAGAGAGAUUUUGGUGUGGAACGCUACAUUUUUGAUAAAAUUACCCAAUUAAAAAUGGCUCUGAAAGCUUAUUCACAUAAAAUUAUUAUACUGAGAUGCUGUUUUAGCGGAGUUCUGAGAAGAUUCUGAGUCUAAAACAUGCAUUAAAAUUUGCGUAUCUUAAAAUUAGUGGAGGGAUACAUACGUUAUGCGGGGUGCAGUGUGGCAAAAAAAUAGUUCCUAUAGUAUCUAAAGAAAUUUAUAUUUUUUUUCCAGGUUUGCCACUAUUUUACAACCAUUAACAUUCCAAAUAAACGUAUUUUUGUUAGAAAAAUAAAUAAAUAAACAUAUAUAGGUGUACAGAUGGGUUUAGACAUUAGUAAAUAAAAUUGCUAUAUAUAUUCAUACAUACAUAUAAAUAUAUUUUUGUUAUAAACCGAUGCCUAGCUACAUUCACCACCAUAAUAAAGAAACCUUAAUCUUUAAUUUUUUCAAAAAUAGACCACAAUUUCACACCAAACCCAACUCUGAUUAAGUUUAUAUCAAAUACCUAAUUAUACCAAGAAUUUAAAGAAUUUAAUGGACUUCCCCUUUAAGAGGAGCUGCUGUUAUAGGGGAAUAAUAGAAGCUGCCUUUUUAAUGUUUUGUGUAAAGCUCAGAUCUGCUCAGAGAAAUCAUUAAUCUGCUGUCAUAUUGGAGCACUUCAGCCUUUUUAUAGUCAUACGCAUAUCUAAUUUUUGAAUUUUUGUUUUUGUGUAACAGGUAAAUCUCAGCGUUUAAUUUACUGUAGUGCUUUACUGUAGUUACAGUCGAUCAUGGAUCGUUGUAUCAUUCAGUACUUGAGUUUGUGUAACACUGAGUGUGUCUACAUGCAUUUCAUAAUCUGAUUAUAAUCUGAUUACUGCAGUUAUCUGAUUAUUUAGUUUUAAGUAUAUGAUAAGUAUUUUAUCAUGUAAACAACAUACUCAGUUUCUAAGAUCAGAGUAAGAUCUAGAAAUCUGAUUUAAGAAAUCUGAUUUUAAUCUGGAUUAAAGUUAAGUAAUCAGAUUUUACUAUUAACUGUACUUUUAUUGUUUUUUUAUUAUUCUGUAAAUUUAUUGGCUGGUUGCAAAGUAAAAAUCUGAUUAUUUUCUAAUUAUUCAAUGGAAAAAAUCUGAUUUCCCAAGCAAAAAAAAAACUAUUUCCCAAGUAAAAAUCUGAUUUCUGUCUCACAUGCUUAUGUCCAAUAUUAUUUUGUGAGAUUAAUGGCUGGUUGAAAAUCAGAAAUUGGAUUAUUGCCUAUCUUAUGCAACUCAAUAAAAAUUUCCCCAUUAACUGAAUAGCCAAGCAAAAAUCAUAAUAUCUAAUCAAAUAUAUAAUUACAGAAGUUAAAAAUUGAUUACCCAAGCAAAAUCUGAUUACAUAACAAAAAUCCAAAUAACCAAGCAAAAUCUGAUUUUUCAAAGCAAGCAAAAAUCUGAUUACUCAGUCAUAAAUCUGAUUAACCAAGAAAAAAUCUGAUUACUCGAAGCAAACAAAAAGCUGAUUAUCCAAUUAUAAAUGUGAUAAUGCAAGAAAGCAAAAAUCUGAUUACCGAAGAUAACAUCUGAUUACUAAAAUAAAAAUUGUAUUACCCAAGUGAAAAUUUGAUUACCCAAUUAGAAAUCUGAUUACCCAAGCAAAAAUCUGAUCACACGAACAAUAAUCAGAUUACUUAAGCAAAAAUCCAAUUAUCCAAGCUGUAGUGUGAUUAAUCAAGAAAGCAAAAAUCUGAUUACCCAAUCAAAAAUAUGAUUACUCAAAGUUAACAAAAAUCUGAUUGCACAGUCAUAAAUCUGAUUACCCAAUCAAAAAUCUGAUAACCCAAGAAAGCAAAAAUCUGAUUGCACAGUCAUAAAUCUGAUUACCCAAAGCACUCAAAAAUCUGAUUACUCAAUCAAAAAUCUGAUAACCCAAGAAAGCAAAAAUCUGAUUACUCGAUCAAAAAUCUGAUAACCUUCACAAAUCUGAUUACUCAAAGCCAGCAGAAAUCUGAUUACCCAAUUAUAAAUCUAAUUAUUGCCGGAUGUAAACCUUUCCAUUGUUUUUUCAUAAUCUGAUUACCCAGGUAAAAAUAUGCAUGCGGUUAUGGGAACUCUUUGCUGGGUUUAUGAGAAGCUCUGAUGUUGUGGCGUAAUCAGACUCUGAAGUGAAUAUGUAAAUGCACUCAGUGAUCUGAUCUCAUCUGCAGUUUAAUACAGGACUCCUCUGCUGUGUCUGGUUUAGGUCUGGACUGUGUUCUGUGUGUCGUAUGAAGUAAUUUUUGCUCUUUUUGAAGAAAGGAAGGCGUGGUCCGGCGUUUCCUCCCGCGCUGUCUGGAACAGCAGGCCAUUGUGGAGGAAAUGAGAAUAAAGUGUAGAAUUGUAGAUUAAACCUGUAACUACGGGACUUUUCUGUUCAAAUAAAGAAUUGUGUUCUGAAGAAAAGAGAAUAUUAUAGUUUAUUAUCGAGGUACAGCUAUUAUUUUUUUGUUCAUCCGAGAAAAAAAAGAAGUAUCUGAAUAAAUAUAGCGUAAAAGAU